AUGGGUGCCGCUUCAAUCGGAAACAUCAUCAGGGGCACCCGAGGCCAUCUGUCCUCAAUCAUCGACUCCGUUUCACAGUGGCUCGGAUCCGGGGGUCGCGACGACGUGCCGAUCUCACUGGACAGUUGCCCAUCAACCCCGAUCGGAUCUUUACGCAGUGUAUCGGGUGCGACAAUGGCAGCCACAUCAACCGCAGACGAUCCCUAUUAUUCUAUGGAAAUUGGUGACACGCGAUUGACCGUGCUCAAGCGCUAUCAAAAUCUACGCGUCAUUGGCUCCGGGGCACAAGGGAUUGUUUGUGCUGCACAUGAUGUUAUCCGGAAUGAAGCAGUGGCUAUCAAGAAACUGUCGAGGCCCUUCCAAAACGUUACCCACGCGAAGAGGGCCUAUCGAGAAUUCAAGCUUAUGAACCUGGUUCAUCAUAAAAAUAUUAUCGGUUUGCUCAACGCAUUUACCCCGCAACGAUCCUUGCGCGAUUUCAACGAUCUGUAUAUUGUCAUGGAGUUGAUGGAUGCAAAUUUAUGUCAGGUGAUCAACAUGGAUCUCGACCACGAACGAUUGUCUUAUCUCCUCUACCAAAUGCUCUGUGGCAUUCGUCAUCUCCACGCCGCCGGAAUUAUCCAUCGAGAUCUCAAACCUUCCAACAUUGUUGUCAAGAGCGAUUGCACGCUGAAAAUUCUCGAUUUUGGCUUGGCAAGGAGUGCCUGUGAGUCUUUCAUGAUGACUCCCUAUGUGGUGACGAGAUACUAUCGGGCGCCGGAAGUUAUUCUAGGCAUGGGUUAUGUUGCUAAUGUGGACAUCUGGUCGAUUGGGUGCAUAUUCGGUGAACUGGUGAAGGGCCGCGUCCUCUUUCCGGGGACAGACCAUAUUGACCAAUGGACGAAGAUUGUUGAGCAGCUCGGAACUCCAUCUAGGCAAUUCCUCGAGCGUCUCCAAGCAACCGUACGGAAUUAUGUGGAAAAUCGGCCCCAGUAUCGGCCGACCUCGUUCGAGACGCUCUUUCCCGAUACGAUGUUCCCACAGCCUGCCGAAAACAACCGUCUAACAGCUUCAGCUGCCCAAGCCCGCGAUCUCCUCUCCCGAAUGCUGGUUGUCGACCCCAAUGAUCGGAUUUCUGUGGAUGAAGCCCUCCGACACCCCUAUGUGAACGUGUGGUUCGAUGAGACUGAGGUGUUUGCCCCGCCUCCCGAACAAUAUAACAAUGAGGUUGACAAGAAGGAACACACGGUUGAGGAAUGGAAAACGCUCAUCUACUCCGAAAUUGCCCAAUACGAACGGCUACACGAUGUAUACGGGAACAGCACCUCUCGCAGC